GCAAGAACCCGAAAACAAUCCUGCCUUGCGUUGUACUCCAUCGACGAUAUGGCGCCACCGUACUCGUCAGACGAUAGCCAUUCACCGGUUAACUCGACUGUGAUCGCCAUUGACAAAGAGAAACACAGUCAUUACGCGGUGCGUUGGACGGUCGACCAUCUCCUUAAUACGAUUCACAACCCAUUCAUCAUUCUUCUCCAUGUUCGUCUCAAAAUCUCAAACCAUGGAGGAAAUGGAGCCAGCUUUAACACUGAUGAUCUAAAUCAGCUUUUUAUUCCAUAUCGAGGAUAUUGUGCGCGAAAAGGGAUUUCUAUGACGGAGGUGAUUCUAGAGGAUACGGACGUGGCAAAAGCAAUCUUGGAUUAUGUUAACAACAACCUGAUUAACAAUCUUGUGUUGGGAUCAUCCUCGAAGAACACCUUUGCUAGGACUUUUAUGUUCAGCAAAUCCCAUGAGGUGCAAGCUAACGUACUGAGAUUGACGCCUGAGUUUUGCUCGGUCUAUGUAAUAUCUAAAGGUAAAGUUCAGACAUCUCGACCAGCUCAAAGACCUAUCACCAAUACGCUUGCCCCUCCUCGUGUACCUUCGUCUGGCUUUCAAAUCCAAUCUUUAUCCGAUAGCGAGCAAGAUCCUGUGCCUAGGGGCCAACGUAGCGCAAGGAGAAAACCUACAGAGAUGAAUCCGCAGAAUCGUGCCUUCCAGGCAACGCAAGAAAGGCACAAAAACCCUAUGAACGGUGGGUCGAUCGAUUUCAACAACGGCUUUACUCAAGUUGCGUUCCAAAGGAAUCCCACAAUACAAAGUUCAUAUUCCGAUGAAUCUGACGUCGGUUUAGGCAUGAUGGGUUCCGUUGAUCUCUCUUCUCAUAAUUUAGAUUUUUAUGGUGCAUCGAGUUCUUCAGAGGAGUCCAUUCCCCAAACAACCAAAGAUAUUGAAGCUGAAAUGAGAAGGCUAAAGCUUGAACUCAAGCAAACUAUGGACAUGUACAGCUCAGCUUGUAAAGAAGCACUUACAGCAAAAAGAAAGGCAAACGAGCUGAAUCAAUGGAAAAUAGAAGAAGCUCUUAAGUUCGAGAAAGCCAGACUUUCUGAAGAAGCAGCAUUGGCAGUUGCAGAAGUGGAGAAGACAAAAUGCAAAACGGCCUUAGAAGCAGCCGAGAAAGCACAAAGAAUGGCAGAGCUAGAAGGACAGAGAAGGAAGCAAGUAGAGAUAAAAGCGAAAAGUGAAGCAGAGGACAAAGACCGCGCAAUGAGUGCUUUGUCCCAUAACGAUGUUCGUUACAGAAGAUACUCGAUAGAAGAGAUCGAAGAAGCCACAGAGAUGUUUGCAAACCAUAGGAAAAUUGGAGAAGGAGGAUAUGGACCUGUCUACAAAGCCGAGCUUGACCACACUCAUGUUGCCAUUAAAGUCUUGAGACCUGAUGCUGCUCAAGGCAAAAGGCAAUUUCAACAAGAAGUUGAGGUUCUUAGCAGCAUAAGGCAUCCUAACAUGGUCCUUCUACUUGGUGCAUGUCCAGAAUAUGGAUGCUUGGUUUAUGAGUUUAUGGAAAAUGGGACCUUGGAGGACAGACUCUUUUGCAGAGGGAACUCUCAGCCGCUUUCGUGGAGGAAACGUUUCGAAAUAGCGGCAGAGAUUGCUACUGCUCUCUCAUUCCUUCAUCAAGCUAAACCAGAACCUCUGGUUCACCGCGACCUCAAACCGGCCAAUAUACUCUUAGACAGAAACUACGUGAGCAAGAUCAGCGAUGUUGGUUUAGCGCGGUUAGUCCCCGCAUCAGUAGCUAACAACGUCACGCAAUACCACAUGACAUCUGCGGCAGGAACGUUCUGUUACAUAGACCCUGAGUACCAACAAUCAGGAAGGUUAACCACCAAAUCAGAUAUAUUCUCGUUGGGGGUAUUGCUACUCCAGAUCAUAACCGCAAGACCUCCCAUGGGGCUUGCUCACCACGUCUCGAGGGCAAUCAGUAGAGGAACUUUCAAGGAGAUUCUUGAUCCGGCCGUGACAGAUUGGCCUCUCGAAGAGGCUCAAUCCUUUGCUACUCUUUCGUUGAAGUGCGCGGAGCUGAGGAAAAGAGAUAGACCGGAUCUUGGGCAGGAUGUAGUCCCACAUCUUAUUCGAUUAAGAGACUUUGGGAAUGAUGCUGAGUUAAGUUGAUAUGGUGACAUAACUAGCGUGUGGAUAUAUAUGACAAAGAUCUUUGUUCAAUCGAAUACAUGGUUUGUAAUAUUGUCAAAAUAUAAAGUGUUUAACUUCAUAUGAAAUUUAUUCAAAGGCUCAGAAUCGAG